UCAAAUCUGACCGGACAGGCAAAAACACAAUUUCUAAUCUACUCUCUUUAUCAGAACUGUUUUGAAACAAACAAAUCAAAGAUGGACUCUAGCAUGUGCGAGAAGUGGACUUCUAAGAUGCCCAAGGGGAUGAACCUGGAGAUUUCCCAUCAUCAUCCAACAAUGAAAUGUGUGGCCAACCUCAUUAUUGCCAUGGAGAGGCUGAAGGAGGGAGCAUCAGAGUUGAUGCUGAGCACCGAGUUCAGGGAUGAGAACCUGCUCAACAUAAUGCUGGAGAGUAUAGUGGAAGAGCGAGUCAUCUUUGAGCGAGGUACAGUUCCUCCUCCUCAGUUCAGCAGGACGGGGGUGCACCCGUGCAGUGUGACUGACACUGAGAAUAGGAGCCUAGUGCUGGUCCGAAACAGCAUGGAGCUCCAUGCUGUGAUGCUGCAGGGGGGCGCGGAUGACCGCAAAAUUUACUUAAACAUGUCAACUUACGUGCACCCUGCACCCACCACUGAAGCCAGGACUGUGGCUCUGGGCAUCAAGGACACAAAUCUUUACCUGUCCUGCCACAAGGAGGCAGGUGAAGUGACCUUACAUCUUGAGGAGGUGGAGAAUAAGGACAAUCUGCUGCGUAUCAGCUCAGACAGCGACUUGGUGCGGUUUCUCUUCUACAAAGAAGACACUGGAGUGAACAUCAGCACCCUUGUUUCUGUCCCCUACAGCGACUGGUACAUCAGCACAGCAAAUGAGAACAACAAGCCUGUGGAAAUGUGCCUGGAGAGUGCACAUCGUCACAGGAACUUUAAAAUCCUGCGUCAGAGUUAAGAAUUUUGCAAAAUAGUCAAUGUGAAAUGUUUAUAUCUCAGUCAGGUGCAACCCUAUUAAGAAUGUUGUUUGGAUGUGAAAAAAAAAAUGUAACAGACACUUCACCACUGCCAUGUUAAGCAGACAGUCUUUUUAGAAAAGGCUGCUGUCUAAUGAGAAUGUGUUUUAACUGUAUGUACUGAGUACAAAAAGUGAAAUGCUGAGUGUAUUGACAUAGUCAAUUUUCACCACAAGGUGGCAUUGUUGUGCUUUCUGGUUAGCACCUUUUGUAUUUAUUAUAAAAUCUAUCAAUAUAUUUACCUAUUUAUGCAACAUUUCAACAUAUUUAUCUAUAUAUAUACUACUCACUAACAAAUAUUGAAAUAUAUGAAUCUGAAAUAAAGUUGUGAGUC